CUAAUGUAAAAAGAAAUGACCACAUUACAAGUUCUUUGUCAGUUUUCCGAAGUUAAGAGGUGGGCGGGGCCCCGCACUACCUUGGCCCGCCAGCCAAUGGCGGGAGGUAUGCAAAUAUGCUCGAUGCUCCGCCAGCUUCAGUCAUAACAGUGAGCUCAGAAACUGUACGGGAGCUCGGCGCGCUGCGACUGGCAAACCCGCCCAGGCCGUUCUCACUUUCAUUUAGCACUGCACUCCAUGGAGGGAAGGACUCGCCAGUGCUUGAUGCAGUCUCACUAGUGUAGGAAAACGGCUCCACUCCCCGCCGCCGAGAUGAAGUAUAAGGUGGGGAAACAGAGGCACAAAAGGUGUGAUUUCUUGGCCAUCAUUCUUACAAUAAUGAGGACUGAGACUAGCUCCUGUUAAUUCGAAUCUUAUGGCAAGGGCCUUGUACGACAAUGUCCCAGAGUGUGCUGAGGAACUGGCCUUCCGCAAGGGAGAUAUCCUGACUGUCAUAGAGCAGAACACAGGAGGACUGGAAGGAUGGUGGCUCUGCUCCUUACAUGGUCGACAAGGCAUUGUCCCAGGCAACCGCGUGAAGCUUCUGAUUGGCCCCAUUCAAGAGACCCCCUCCAAUCAGGACCAGCCGACUUCUGGACUAACGCAUCAGACCUUUGGCCAACAGAAGCUCUAUCAAGUGCCAAACCCACACGGUGCCCCUCGAGACAGCAUCUACCAAGUGCCGCCUUCCUACCAACAUCAGGGAAUUUACCAGGUCCCCACUAGCCAUGGUACCCAGGAACAAGAUGUGUAUCAAGUACCACCAUCAGCGCAGAGAAGCAUUGGGGGGGCUAAUGGUCCCCAUUUAAGCAAAAAGGUGAUAACCCCCGUGAGGACAGGCCAGGGCUACGUGUACGAGUACCCGUCCAGAUACCAAAAGGACAUCUAUGACAUCCCUCCUUCCCAUGCCACUCAAGGGGUGUACGAUAUCCCUGCAUCAUCAGUGAAAGGCCCUGUGUUUUCAGUUCCCGUGGGAGAGAUAAAACCUCAGGGCGUCUAUGACAUCCCUCCUACUAAAGGGGUAUAUGCCAUUCCACCCUCUGCUUGCCGGGAUGAGGCAGGGCUUAGGGAAAAAGAGUAUGAUUUCCCCCCUCCAGUGAGACAAGCUGGAAGGCCGGACGUCAGACCCGAGGGCGUGUAUGACAUCCCCCCAACCAGCAUCAAGCCGAUGGGGAAGGACCUUCACAAAAAAUAUAACUGUGAUGCUCCGGGAGCCGCUGACCUGGCGACACGGAGACACCAGAGCGUCUUGCUGAACCACCCUCCCUCACAGCUGGGACAGUCCCUGGGCCCCCAGAACGAUGCGUACGACAUCCCCCGAGGGGUUCAGUUUCUGGAGCCGCCGGCGGAAACCAGUGAGAAAGCAAAUCCCGAAGAAAGAGACGGUGUUUACGACGUCCCCCUGCACAACACCCCAGAUGCCAAAGGCUCUCAGGACGUGGUCGAUGGUAUCAACCGGUUAUCUUUCUCCAGCACGGGCAGCACCAGGAGCAACAUGUCCACUUCUUCCACCACCUCCAAGGAAUCUUCCUUGUCGGCCUCCCCGUCUCAGGACAAAAGGCUCCUGCUGGAUCCGGACACAGCCAUCGAGAGACUCCACCGACUCCAGCAGACCCUGGAGGUGGGCGUCUCCAGCCUCAUGGCGCUGGUGACCACGGACUGGCGGUGUUACGGAUACAUGGAACGACACAUCAACGAGAUCCGCUCCUCCGUGGACAAGGUGGAGCUGUUCGUGAGGGACUACCUCCAUUUUGCCAAGGGGGCUGUAGCGAACGCCUCCUGCCUCCCCGAGCCCCUCCUCCACAACAAAAUGAAGCGGGAGCUCCAAAGAGUGGAAGACUCCCACCAGAUUCUGAGCCAGACCAGCCACGACUUAAACGAGUGCAGCUGGUCCCUGAAUAUUCUGGCCGUCAACAAGCCCCAAAGCAAGUGUGAUGACCUGGACCGGUUCGUGAUGGUGGCAAAGACAGUGCCCGAUGAUGCCAAGCAGCUCACCACAACCAUCAACACCAGCGCAGACGCCCUCUUCAGACCGGGCCCUGGCAGCUCGCACGUGAAGAGUGGGCCUGAGAACAUCAUGAACUCCACGGAGUACCCACACGCUGCGUCCCAGAUGCAGCUGCUGCAUCCUGGGGACCACAAGGCCCCAGCCCUCAGCAAGCCACUGCCGCCAAGCCUGGGCAAGGACCAGCCUCCUGACUGUAGCAGCAGCGAUGGCUCUGAAAGGAGCUGGAUGGAUGAUUAUGACUACGUCCACCUGCAGGGGAAGGAGGAGUUUGAGAGGCAACAGAAAGAGCUGCUGGAAAAAGAAAAUAUCAUCAAACAGAACAAGAUGCAGCUGGAGCAUCAUCAGCUAAGUCAGUUCCGGUUGUUGGAACAAGAAAUCACCAAGCCGGUGGAGAACGACAUCUCCAAGUGGAAGCCUUCUCAGAGCCUCCCGACCACAAACAGCAGCGUGGGUGCUCAGGAUCGGCAGCUGCUCUGCUUCUACUACGACCAGUGCGAGACCCAUUACAUCUCCCUCCUCAACGCCAUCGACGCCCUCUUCAGCUGCGUCAGCUCGGCGCAGCCCCCGCGCAUCUUCGUGGCCCACAGCAAGUUUGUCAUCCUGAGCGCACACAAACUGGUGUUCAUUGGGGACACGCUGACAAGGCAGGUUGCCGCCCAGGACAUUCGCAACAAAGUGAUGAACUCGAGCAACCAGCUCUGCGAGCAGCUCAAGACGAUCGUGAUGGCGACCAAGAUGGCGGCCCUCCAUUACCCCAGCACCACGGCCCUGCAGGAGAUGGUGCACCAGGUGACAGACCUGUCCAGGAACGCCCAGCUCUUCAAGCGCUCUUUGCUGGAGAUGGCCACCUUCUGAGAGGAGAAGGAGGGAAAGGGGGACUGAGUGCGCUGCCAAGGAAAACUGGAAAUGCUAUCUGGUUUUUGUAAAUGUUAUCUAUUUUUGUAGAUAAUUUUAUAUGAAAAUGAACUAUUUUAACAUUUUGUGGGUUAGACAACAUUCAGAAAUUCAGGGAGCUAGAGGGGGAAUUUUUUUUUCCUGUGUGGUUCUUAUGUGUAUGCCUGUGUAAUGUUCGUUUUUUAGAUGUUUGUCCGAUACAUUCCAUUAGAAAACAUGAAUGAAGAAGCACCUUAGUAAGCACGUCGUAAUGCUGCAUUUUUUUCCUUUUUUUUUUCCCUAAGAAAACAUACCAGCUGGGUGUAAUAUUGCUCUACAUAUACUAGCAAUUAUUCUGAGCCUGUCACUUCCAAGUCUGGGAAGCACAGUAUACGUGUAAGUGUUCACCUUCCAAUAACGAGGCAUGGCAUGACUUGUUCUUGUUUGGAAACCCUUUCAGAAUUGACCGUCUUGGGCCCAUUGUGGCAAAAUGCCUCACUUGUCAUUGAAAAAGCCCUUUUAUAAAAGAAGUUCCAGGAGGUACACGUUAAUCCAAGCACCGGUAUUUUAGAAGUAUGCAGAGGCCAUAUCCCCAGCUAGGGCUGGUUGUUUCAACACAGAGAGGACAUCACGAUAAAAGGAAGGCAAAUGUUUUCCCCAGGGCUUUUUGAUCAUCUGCGUUUAUGAGUGACUUGGCCGUGAGGUUUUCCAAAGGGUGUUUUUAGAUUUGCAAAAACCAUAUUAUUUGCAGCAGGAAUUCAUAAAGACACAUCAGACUAUGACUGUCCACAAAAAGAAGGGAUGGUUCCAUCUGCCAGUUGUAAGUAGAGGCCCUUCUGACUCUCAACAUUCACUUAGGGGCUACUACCUCCAUUCUCUGAGGAAAACUGGCCCGUUCUGGGUCACUUAAAGGUUAGAGCCACCAGGCCACAUUUUACUCUAAGGGAAUUCAUUGCUUGAUCUUACACCCUCCUUAAAACAUGCAGCUGCUGACCCGACACUCAGCCCAUCCAGUCUUUACAAUUCUGUCUGGUCCACGACCCUGUGUAAACAGCCCACCACCGUCUUAGAGCUCAUCACAGAGCCCAUUCCAUAGUCUGUCCCAUUAUACCUGCUGGUGUUGGCACAGCACAGACACACCCACGAGCCAUCAGAUUGAUCUUGAAGCAAAUGAAAUACUUCCUACCUAGUGGGUAAAUGUAUUCAUAUAUUAACAAGUCAGGAAGCAUGUCAUCUGUAGGCUUUCAGUCCAGUUCUUAUUUAAUGGUUCUAGUCUAGCCUAUUUGAAAAGGUUUUUAUUUGCCAUAUAUGCCUUGACUUAAUUAAGCUUACUUGUUUUAAACAACCAAAUCAUUGGAAAAGGAAAGGAUUUAAGAGAGAAGAAUGUGUGAUCUAAGUGUGAGAAAAAAUCAGCAAAACAUCCCAGAAGGUGCUUUUCAAAACAAUCAUUAUUGUAGUUCUCCAAGCUCUGCACUGUCAAGAGAUGAUUAAAAGUUGUAUCGUUUUAUGACAAGUAAGCGUGUGAGAAGAAAGGAGAUUGCUGAAAAUCAACUCGGCAGGAGCUGAAAGGUGUCCCUAUAGAGUCCAUUGUACAAUGUGUGUUUCUUAGGAGAUGACAGACUUGUUUUAAGCUAAGGGGUGACAUUUCACGUUUUCAAAACCAAAAUUUCAAUCUGUAUUACUCUCUUCCCCAUCUUGUAUGUAAAGGCUAUUUUUAAAUCAUUAAAUUUUUCGAUCUCAA